AUGAGUGAGUAUAGUUCUGCCGAACCAUUGGAAGAGAAGAAGUACCCUUGCUGGCAAAAGACAAAAAUAGUUGCCUUAGUUGUCAUUGCAAUUGUACUCGUAAUUGAAUUCAUUGUACUUCUCUUCACGUACAUAAA